AUGGCAGCGUCGUUGGAGACUUCAGUUGGUGUUCGCAACGAGCAGGUGGGCACCUACCUUGCAAGUUUAUUAGAGCACGUGCUUUCGACCUUGCAGAAGCAGACAGCGGGCUCUACAGCGGGCGCUAGCUCUCUGGAGCAGGUUGCGCUGCCCGUCUUGCGUGAAUCUGCGAGUAAGUGUCCAGUGGAAUUCUUCCCAGCAAGUCUUGGCCGUUCCUGUGAACAGAUUGCCGAUAUUUUGGAAUCUGAAGCGACGCUACGUCGCGUCUUGGCCCCGUUGUUAUGGGUGCUCGCUCGCCGCGCUACGAUCGCCGACUGGCGCUCGCUGGAGGCGCUCUUUCAGCGUUGGCACAAAAAUCGGCACGAGACAGUCGUAGCUCCCGAGCUGGAAACCAUCUGGUGUAAUGUUCUUGGUCAUGUUCAACUGGAGCGUGCCGCGUCAUUUCGCAAGCAAGAGGAUCUUAGGGUCUGGCAACUGGAACUCGCAACCGGCGCACUCAGCAGUGCCGAGGAUGUGAGACGCUGGCUCGACCGCGUGUAUAUCCUCGCUCUGACCGGAUGCAGCGAUGAUGCGCUCCUCAUUCUGCAACAGGUGAUGCAGCGCUCCCCAUUCCAUUAUAUAGUGGAGAUCGAAAAGUCGCUGUGGAUUGUGGUCCAGAGCCUCUGCGAUCCUGGAUCGAGCAUUCCUCAAGGGCAGAGCAAUGAAGCUCCGCCUGAUUCCCGGGCGACCAGGAGUCGGGCUCCCACGGCGUCCACGAUAAGCAUCGAAUGCGAACGCAGUGGUCCGAAGCGGUCCAAAUGCAGCGGAUGGCGGGAGACGCUCAACGAGUACAUCGAUGCAGCAGCCGCUGGCGAGCACUGGCUACUGCUCGCAGCGCUGCUGCUUCUCCUCCGUACAUGCGAGGGCCCCGACCAGACUGCCGUCAUCGCUGGACGAGUCCUUGCGGCAUCGAUCGACGCUGAACGACCAGCAGCUGCGCGCUACGGUGCGUUAUUUGCAGCCGGCAGACAUGCACCGUUUUCUGCUCGACUUGCAGUCGCUGCACGUGCUGCACAGGAGAAUGCAUCUACAGCUGAUCACACGAUAUCCGCAGUAUCGACUGUAGCCUGCAUUCCAUGGCUAGUCCAACCUGAAAGCGCUGACGAGCAUCGUCAAUUCGGUGAGUUUGUCGCAAAACUCAGACAGGAUCCGGCCCUGGCGCCCCAUCUCGCCCGAUGGCUCUGCAUCACUGGAACCGGUGCCGCAUACGUGGACCCUGAACGAAUUCUGGAUCAUUUGACGUUCGCAGCAGAGCUCAUCGGGUCGAUCCGUCCCCGUAAGAUGCCGCCUGAUGUCGUGGACACGCUCAUUCACAAGACGAUAACCCUCGCAGAGCCAAGCUGGCCACAGAUGCGCUUGCUCGCGCUUCUCCUGCAUACCCAGGAACGUGCAGCUGCGCAGCGGAUGCUUCUCGAUGAGCGUCUAGCUCCGUUUCUGGCGAGAUGUAUUUCGUGGGCAUGGCGAGCACCGGCAGCAGCGCUGUCGCCGGAUACAGCUUGCGUCAUGCGGGUUCUCGCGACACUCAUUCAACACUGUUGUGGCGAUGAGCAUGCUCCUGUCGUGAUGGUACUCGUCCAGGAGCUGGACCAGGCCAUGCAUGCAUCCCUUGGUGACUGGCGAUUCAUUCAAGCACUCGGCGUGAUCGCUCGCAACGCUUGUUCGCGACUGGCUACCGUGGCUUUGGCGGCGCUCAUUGAGCAAGCGAGCACCCUGGAACGGCGUCGUCGGAGGCGAAGUCCGCAGAGCGUUACAGUACCCGCCAUAGAUCAGAUCUCCUGGGAGCUGGAGCGCACUGCGAGCCCACACCACGUGUCGCGACUGCUCGGUGAGCAGGGCCCGCGACUCUUUCCGCUUCUGCUGCACCAGCUGCUGCAUCACGAGGAGCUAGCAGAUCUCUUGCAGAGCUGGUUACAGCUAUCCGACUCGGACGCGGUGUUCACAUUUGUUUAUCGUUGUUCGUUUGCUUUUCUCGUCAGCCACAUCCAUGAGCGUAACUUGGAAGCACUCUCGGCUCGCGUAUCGGCAGCAGCUGCAGCCCUGGGCAUCGAAGAGCAAGUCCAGGCUCUCGCCGAUUCUCUGCUGCUCUCGAAUCGAGUCAAGCGCGACAAGGCUUUUGCGCUGCUCGCAACAUACACCGGAUCGACGAUUCAUGACAUUGCUCGCACCUAUACCACACGCGUUAUCCUUCGUCUUCUGACAGCGUUGGAUACCAGACCGGAGGCGGUUGUUCGAGACGCGCUCGACGAGUUGGCGAUUCUGGUUGACGCCAGGGACACGGUGACGCUCAUCGCGCACGAUCUUCUCCGGAUCCUCGACGCUUUGAAUCGCCGCAUCUUCAGGCGACAGGAUCACCAGGCGAUUCGUAUAUUGGACCUGCUGUUUAAGGUCAUCGCACCAGAGCUUCAUUUAUUUGUGCCCAAGGUUCUGGCGACGCUGAAGAAUGCGUUAGAGAUCCCUGACCUGCGACUCCAUGCGUUGGUCAUUCAGUGCUGGGUUACGUUCCUCGAGCAGCUGGGCUGGGAGCGCGCCGCACCGCACCUAGGUACGGCAUUUGCUGUGCUGGGACCGUACCUGGAAGGUGAACCCGCUCUGGCCCAAGUACUCCUGGAUUUAACUAGGGCUUGUGCGGCGUCACCUGCCAAAAGCACCUAUCUCGAUGAGAUUUUCCUGCCUCCAGCUGACAGCACCAGUAGUGCGAGACCAACGAACUGGGCUGAUAGUGCGCCUCUCGAGGCAGCGCACCCUGCUGAGACCUGUGCGUCGGCGGCAGCAGCAGCAGCAGCAGCAACAACAACAACAACAACACUGUGUCCGGAGCGCGAGCUUCAAACCUUGUCGAUCCCAACCGGUGAAAGCAGCCCAGAUACACACCGACCGGCGCCAGCACGUACAAACGAAGUACUCGGCGCCAUUCGUACGCUGCUGAACGAGCGCAAGCAACAGCGCCAACCCGCAGAGCAGCUGAUCCGCCUCUUACCUAUCGCCACAAAACAUCACAGUCGACUGGUACGCUUGCUGGCUCUGCGAGAGCUCACCAGUGUACUCCGGCAGUAUCGCAACCAGUUGUACGUUGACAUCGUCUUGCAUCAGCGUACCCAGCUCGUAAGUGAGCUGCUUCAGGAGGGCCUCUUGCUCGCCGUCACCGACGGUGAUGCCAACUGUCGCGAUGAGGCGCUUCUGGCGCUGGCGCUCCUGGGGGCGGUCGACCCUGCCCGCCUCUCGCUGGAGCACCGCCAACCGCCACCGCUAUCACUGCCGUCGUUACAGCAGCAUGCAGUCGUGUCGCAGUCGUCUGGCUCUGAAGGCGAGUCCCUACUCGAUCAAGUCGUCAUUCCGACGCUGCUGGAGCAAUGCCUCAUCCCGGCACUGCGUCGAGUGGAGUCUGCACAAGCACGUGAGUGGCAGAAUCGGAUCGGUUUUGUCAUCCAAGAGGUCCUGCGAUUGGCGCUGAGUCUCGAAGAUACCACCGAUAUCACCAGCACCGCGCAUCCUCUGCCGACUUCGCCGUCGUCGUCACCGAAGCGUCCACAAACACGGUCCACGGAGGAGCGCAUCCAGCAGCGUGCCUUCUGGCGAGCUCUUUCCGAACACACGCGCCAAAUUAUCCGCCCAUUCCUGUACUCCCGCUAUAUUUUAAGAACAGUCGCACAGCGGAAAACGAGCAGUGAAACGAUCGGUCGUGAAAAUCAGGGCGUCGCAGCGUCGCUAUUGCCCUGCACCUCAUCGGGAACAACAGUCGAAACAGGUGCGCCAGCAGCAACGCUCCUCAAGCAUACAAAUACCGAAGCACAUGCUGCUGCAUCAAGUGACGCGGUGCCGGCUUCCAUGGAGUGCACCGCAUCCCCCGCAACGUCCCGAGCAGCGUGUGCUCGCUGUGCCGUAGCACCAGGCAAGAGUGCUGCUCAGUGGAUCUGCGGCUUUGCAGUGCAUCUUGUCGACGUGCUGGAUCAAGUGAUGUGUGCAGUGGACGUAACCUUCAUCCAUUCCGACGACAUGCGAAUGGAUUCCGGAAUCGGCCCGGAAGCAUCGACUGUCGCUGCAGCCGGCAUGGAGCCAGCAGCACCAGAAGCGAUACCAAGCACAGGAUCAACAGGCGUAACAAGCGCUACAUCCUCGACGGGGGCAGUUCCCGAGUCGGUGUCCGCAGCUGGCACGAAACAAAAGCCAGAAGCAGCAGCUGCUAUAGCGCCGACUGGUAGCCCUACCCCAAAUGCUACCCUGAGUCGCAAGUACCGGUGCUGGUGGGGCCUCUUUCGCGCGUGCCGUACGCUCACAGGCCACGAUCAGCAUACCGCGAUCUACUUGCUACCCUACCUCGUACAGACGAUGCUCCAGAUCGCUAGUGAUCUCGAUAGCAUCAACAUGGACACACAGCUGGCGAUAUCCGACCUGGACGUCGAGCCAAGCGCAACCGCACCUGAAGCACUAGCUGCAUUGAGCGCGCCUCGAGAUGCGUCUGCACAGCACCAGACGACUGCAGCGCCAGAUUCACUGCCGCUUACCGGAGGCCAUACACAUGCAACAGCAGCAGCAGCUACAAAGGCGAACAGAUCAAAGCACUGGAUCACCAGGAUAAGCGCCUUCCUCCGAUCGCAUCUGGUGGCAGUACUGUCCAGCGACCUGACGGAGGCGAUUCAGUUGGUGUUCCUGCUCCUCGAUCGUCUGGCGGAACAGCGUGAUCACGACUGGAUGAGCCGAGUUCGGGGCCUGGAUCCAUGUGCAUUAGCCACCUGCGAGUACGCGGCCUUGGCGGCGGCGGCUGCACAACAACCCGAGCACAUCUGUCCCUUCAAUGCUCUGGAGCGCGCUUUACCUGCAGCACUGCUCGCUCGUGCAGCACUCACGAGCGGUGCCCUGCAUCGCGCAUUACUGUACCUCGACCAGUGUACCGGUUCUUGUUCCGAGUCACAGCGACGCGUCCUGCAGCGUCUCUAUCGAGAACUAGGUGAUCUGGAUGCCAUGCAAGCGAUCACCACUCGCCGAGCACCGGUGGUGGUGGCUUCGGGCGGGCGCACCCCGGACGCCUCGCCAUCGCUGCUCCCUGGGACGGCCGCUAAUGGCUACGAACAAGGCCUCUCUUCGCCGUCGUCUUCAUCCGCAUUCGUGGACUGGGAGUCAUUCACCCUAGAUGCCGAAGCAUACCACGCAACCGAAGAAGCGCUUAUCGGCUAUGAGCGGGGACUGCGGGCGUUUCCCACAGACCUCGCUGCAAUGCGCGGCUACCUCCAGAGUCUGAUGACGCUCGGCCUCUGGGAAACGAUGCUCCAUCCGAUUCUGACACAUCCAGAGCGCAGUGCUGUCGCUGACCUGGGCAUUGAGGCAGCACUGCGGCUUGGUCGCUGGGAUGCGCUCGAAACCCUGAGUGCGUCCGUUGAGGACCCCGCCGCCCGAGGUACCCGCUCCGCCUUGGCAAACAUCGCCAAAGCGCUGCACCAGGCACAACAACCGGGCCAUGAGUCUGGAGCGCAGCUCUCAGAGACGCUGCGUCGAGCGCGCUCAGGGUUAUCCGACACUGUUGCAACCGCUGCUCUCGAGUCAUAUGCGCGAACCUAUCCGGCGUUGGUGCAACUCCAUGCGGUAGCGGAUGUCGAGUGCAUCCUCGGGGAUCACGCUGACCUGGAAGCAGUGCUUCAGCGUUACGCUCAUGACUGGCUCGCUGGUGGUGCUGAUGUGGGCGCUGCAAACUGGCUUGAAGCGCGUCUCCAAUGCGUUGCAUCGAGCUGGCAAGCACGUGAGCCCAUUCUCGCGAUCCAGCGGGCAGCUUUAUUGGUGCAAGUAGAACGCGCUCGUCACCUGGUGGCUCGUAACGAGUCCGCUGCUGCUGCUGCUGCUGCUGCUGCUGCUGCUGCGCCUUGCACAUCCUUGCGCGUUCCGUGGACGCUUGCUGGUGGCGAACGUGCAAACGGGUCGUCCUGGGCAGCGCCAAAGAACGACAACGACACCAGCAGCAGCACCAGCAGCGGUGGUGGCGGUGGUGGUAUCGAACGACCUGCCCCAGCGACAGUGCUUGCUGCUGGGCGCAGUCAGCCAGCGAGCGUCCAGUUUCCUGACCAAACUUGGCUCGUGAGUGCGUCAACGAAACCUGCAGUGCUGGUCCCCGGAACAACGCGUCCACCUGCGUCGUUCGUGACCCCAGAACGUUCAGCACAGCAGUUCCUGGAGCGCGCACUUGUCUUCCAAGAAGCUGCCGAUGCCGUCACGCUCCGACUCGCUCGACUGGCGCGCAAGUCGGGUCACCACGCAGCCGCUAUUGCGUACCUGCAACAGCUUCCGCGUGCGUCGCUUUUCCAAGGCCCGGCCUGUAUCGAGUUGGCCAAAAUCUACCGUGCUCGCGGUGAAACACGUCGUGCGCUUGCCCAGUUACCGCUCUCGCUAACUGACCUUCAGCUCGGACGCAAGACUGCGUCCACCAGCAAUAGCAGCAGCACCGGCACUUGGCGCUCAUCAAGUGGCUCGGCUGCAAGGCUCGUGAGCAAAGCGCUCUGCCUGCAGGCCCAGUGGAUGCAGGAGGAUCGCUCUGCACAACCUCAGGAGAUCAUUGACUGCUUCCAGCGAGCUCUUUCCAUACAACCAGAGACCGAGAAAAUUUACGUAUUGCUGGGGCGUUUCUACGAUAGUCUGACGCCCGAACGCGAUGCUGAACCCCGUAUCCAGGCUCGCCAGCAGUGGCUGUAUCGGCAGUCGGCACUCGAGCACUAUGCCCGCUCCCUGCGUUACGGAUGUCGUUACGUCUACCAUUCGCUGCCGCGCAUCAUCACGUUAUGGCUCGAUGAGGAUAGCGAGCCCGUCCUUGAGGAGCACACGAACGACAGCAGCAGCAACAGCAGCAGCAGCGAUAAGCGUAUGACGCCAGAUACAGCGUCGCAUAUCGAGCGAUCCAAAGUGCUAUGCGCCAUUCGCACGAAUACCAGAGCAUUGGAUAGCAACAACAACAACAACAGCAGCAGCAGCAGCAUCAGCAGACCCGACAUCGACUCGUACGAGGCACGUGAUUCGCCGUCGAUCGCUCGUCGCUCUGCCGCCGAAUACUUGUUGCCUAUUGUACGCAGACUGCGAACCCGUCUUCCGCUCUAUAUCUGGUUUGUCGUGCUGCCGCAGCUGCUCUCAAGGGUCACAGCACAUCACUCGGCCGCAGUUCGCGCUGAACUAUGCAGCCUGCUCGCUGAUUGUGUCGUUGCGUAUCCAGGACAGGCCGUCUGGUACGUCGUGCCGCUCGCGGGGGCGCUGGACGCCAACCGCGCCGCUACCGCCCGAGCGAUACUGGAUCAAGCGCGUCAGCGCGGUGACCUGGGCCUCAGCACGCUCCUCGAUGCCGGGUUGGAGCUUUGUGCGCAGCUCGCACGCGUCUGUACCCAGGUGCCACCACGCGGUCUAAAGCAGAUGACUGCCUCGGUGCAUUUGCGUGCACUCCGGCGGUUGCUGCGAGAGCGUCUCCAGGGACUAGCGAUCCCGGUGCCCUAUCAAGCGUACUUGCGUCUGUUCCUGCCGACGAGUGGACGCUUUCGUGACGACCUGCACGAGGGAUUUGCGGUGAGCGUCCCGACCCUGGUCGAUGUCGAUGAACCCGUCUGGGUUAUGAACUCGUUGAUGCGUCCGAAGCGCAUCGGACUGCUGGCCUCUGACGGCCACGUGUACCCGUUUCUCUGCAAACGCGAGGAUGCCGGCGACAUGCGCAAGGAUGCUCGAAUGAUGGACCUCUUGAACGUGGUGAAUCGUUUGUUAGCCAAGACUGCCGACGCUCAGCAGCGGCGCCUCGUGCUGCGGACGUACGCUGUGCUGCCACUGAAUGAAGAGUGUGGUAUUCUGGAGUGGAUGCCACAUCUGGUGCCGUUGCGCGCAGCGGUGGCGAUGCUGCAUCGGGCCCUGGGUUACGAGAAGACGGCCACCUCCAGCACCGAAGAGAUCCGUCUGGCCUAUGAACGGCAUGCGAAAGCGCGUCCCGAACCAGAUCAGGUGCGCUGGUAUACCGAGUGGCUCUUACCCCGAUUCCCGCCUGUGCUCCGUCACUUUUAUAGCAUUCAUUUCGGGCGGAGACAUUCACCGGCUGCGUGGUUCGCGGCGCGGCAGGCAUUUGCACGUUCAUGCGCGCUCUGGUCCAUGGUUGGUUAUGUGGUUGGCUUGGGUGAUCGGCACGGCGAGAAUGUGCUCCUCGAUACCAGGUCCGGCGAGUGUGUGCACGUGGAUUUCGCUUGCCUGUUUGAUCAGGGUCUCCGUCUCAAGGUGCCGGAGACGGUGCCGUUUCGACUGACGCCGAAUAUGAUCGAUGCCAUGGGCACCGCAGGCUACCAGGGUGUCUUCUAUCGUAGUGCCCAGAUCGCGCUUUCUGUGCUGCGGAAUCACCGGGAAACGCUCUUGAGCGUCCUUGAAACGUUUUUGCACGAUCCGCUUCUCGACUGGGCGGCUGCGGCUCGCGAUGCACGCACCGCUGCGGCCAUGGAAGCGAGCGCAACUCGUGGACCGGUGUUGCUUCCGGGGCCGGCUGCCGCUAUGCGGCUGCCACGCGAGCCCGCGGAUACGGCGCGCCUCAGACGUCCAGCAGACAAACGCGGGAAAGCAGCGCACCCCGGGAACGACAUGCCACCGCGCCAGCAGCGGCAGCAAUGCUGCGAGCGCAACGCCCAGGCUCUCGAAAUGCUCCGCGUUGUCGACCGCAAGUGCCGCGGACUGCACGGCGCUCAGAGCGGCACGCCCUUAUCCGUCGAAGGCGACGUGGCUCGUCUGGUUGCUGAGGCAACCAGUGCGCGGAACCUUGCCCGAAUGUAUAUAUGGUGGUUACCCCAUGUCUAG